AUGUUUGCUGCUUCUCUUGUCCUUUCUAGGUCCGGAGUGGUGUGCAGGGUGAAGUAUUGCAACUCUCUACCAGACAUUCCCUUUGACCCAAAGUUUGUGACGUAUCCGUUUGAUCCCAACAGAUUUGUACAGUAUAAAGCUACUUCUCUUGAGAAACAGCACAAACACGAGUUGUUAACAGAACCAGAUCUGGGAGUUGUGAUUGACCUCAUCAACCCCGAUACAUACCGGAUUGAUAACAAUGUCAUUCUUGAUAUUGCAGAUGAGAAGCUACUUGAAGAAGAAAUUCAGGCACCAUCGAGUUCAAAACGUUCACAGCAACAUGCAAAGGUGGUGCCGUGGAUGAGAAAAACUGAAUACAUCUCCACAGAAUUCAACCGAUAUGGCAUCUCCAACGAGAAGCCAGAAGUCAAAAUCGGUGUGUCUGUCAAGCAGCAGUUCACAGAGGAGGAGAUUUACAAAGACAGAGACAGCCAGAUCGCAGCGAUUGAAAAGACAUUCGUGGAUGCGAAUAAAGAGGUUACUCAACAUUACAGCAAGCCUCGGGUUACCCCUGUGGAAGUCAUGCCUGUAUUUCCUGAUUUUAAGAUGUGGAUUAACCCAUGUGCACAGGUCAUAUUCGACUCUGACCCAGCACCCAAAGAGAUCACUGGUCCAGGUGCUGUGGAGAUGAUGUCCCAAGCUAUGAUCAGAGGUAUGAUGGAUGAGGAAGGAAACCAAUUUGUUGCUUACUUCCUGCCAAAUGAGGAAACCAUAAGGAAACGGAAAAGAGAUAAUGAGGAAUGCAUUGACUACAUGCCAGAGGAUAUAUAUGAAUAUAAAAUAUCUAGAGAGUAUAACUGGAAUGUGAAGAACAAAGCCAGUAAAGGAUAUGAGGAAAACUAUUUCUUUAUCUUCCGAGAUGGAGAUGGAGUUUACUACAACGAACUUGAGACCAGAGUACGUCUGAGCAAGCGGCGUGCAAAGGGAGGUCAUGGAGUUCAGUCGAACACCAAUGCAGUGCUCGUGGUAAAGCACAGAGACAUGAAUGAGAAGGAGCUGGAGGCACAGGAAGCCAGACGGGCUCAACUGGAGAAUCACGAGCCAGAGGAUGAAGAGGAAAUGGAACAAGGAACAGAGAUCCCAGGAUCAGAAGAUGAAAAAGAGAGAGAGAGUGGCAGUGAGAAGGCAGACAGUGCGGACGAGCACUCUGGGAGUGAAAGUGAACGGGAAGAGGACAAAGAGGAGAAAGCCAGCAACAAGAGCGGGAGUGACAUGGAAAGUAAUAGUGGGGACGAGCGGCAGGCUCGCGAGGCCCGGGACGAGGAGGAGAUCUUCGGCAGUGAUGACGACAGUGACAAUGAGGACCAACAGAACGAGAGCGGCCAAGAGGAGAGUGGCAGUGACGAUGAGCAGCACAGCGAGGAGGAAGAGCGCAGGAGCCGCAGCAGGAGUGCAUCCAACAGCGGCAGUGAGCAGUCUGACAAUGAGAACCAACAUGUUGUGCAGAGUGGCAGUGAGCAGGGUACGGAUUCAAGUGAAAAUGAGGGAAGUGGCAGUGAGAGUGACUGAAAAAGACUCAGUCCUGAACUGGCAGCAGUGGGUUCACAUGGAUUGGGACAUCACUUUGUAGAUUCACUGACAGUUUUGGGAGUUCAAUGAGCAUUCUGUCCCUUACCUUUCUCUCUCUGUCUGUUUACGCAGUAGGUGAGUAUAGAUAGCACAGUCCUGUGUGUGGAAACCUUGAGCGACCAACCCAGGUACGUAGCUGGUGUGGAAGAUUUUAACACUUCGCUAAAUGCUGAUGUUUAAGGUCAUUUUUAUAAACAUUUGUUAAAAUAUUGCAACGUUCUAUGAGAUCUUUAAAUAGAGAUUAAAAACCUAUGGUGUUAAACCUGA